AUGGCCGCGAAAGUACCGCCAUCAUUGAAACCAAUAGCUCACUACAUCAAAAUAGCAAACGAAAACUCAAGUCGAGACCCAGUUGUCUAUUACUGGUGUCUCUUCUAUGCCGUCCAAACAGCAAUGCAGCUGGACAAGAGUUCACCUGAGGCUUUACAUUUUCUCACAAGUUUGUUGGGUACUUUAGAAGCUAUCAAGAAGCAAUUGGCUGGCACUGAGGCUAUCACAAGCGAAGUAGUUGCGCAAGCGCACCUGGAAGACUUCGCCCUUAAACUUUUCAACUUUGCGGAUGCUAAAGAGAAAAGCGGCCAAGUGGAUAAAAGCGUUGUACAUGCAUUCUACACGGCUGGGCAUGUAAUGGAUGUUUUGUCAUUAUUUGGAGAAGUUGAUGAGACUUUCUUAAACUGUAAGAAAUAUGCGAAGUGGAAGAGUACGCAGAUUUUCGCAUGUCUCAAAGAUGGGACGCCGUAUACGCCAUCCAGCCAGCAAGAUCAUGAAGACACUCCUCAAGCUGGUGUUACAGCUUCAACAGGAAACGUACCGCCUGUGGAACAUGUCUAUCCUGACCCAACGUCAAUGUCUUCUUCGUCAAGUGGAAGCAAUCAACCACUCCGUCCAAAUGAACAAAAUCAACCCAAUAGAGGUUAUCAGUCUCAGCAAUUCCAACAACCUUCACAGCCGCAAUCCAACUAUGGAUCAGCCGGUUUGCCAAGUGUGCCGGCAGCAGAUACCACACCUAGUGUUGAACGCAAACCUCCGUUGGAAGCUUUCAAUGAGGCUCGGAAAUUUACCAAAUAUGCACUCAGCGCCAUUGACUAUGAGGAUACACGUGCAGUUGUGGAGAACCUACGUAAGGCAUUAGCGCUCAUGGAGCGCUUCUAA